AUGAAAAAAGAUGCAUGGUUACAUCCUACAACCCGCAAAAAUAACCCACUAUCUGAGGAACAGGCUAGAGGAAUUCGUCCAAAUAUAGAGGAGUUGCUCACUAGUAAUAAGGAAAACAAUAUUAAAAAAACUAUUGAGGCUCAGGUUGCUGAGGAAUGCAAACGUCUAAAAGAUGAAUAUGAUGCUCUUAUGGCUUGCAAAGAGAGUGAAUAUAAUAAUUGUAUGGUAGAUAUGAAACAGAAGACAUAUUCAUUUAAACAUCAAUUGGAAUCCCAGCAUAAUUCACGCUCAGCUGAGUUAGAGAAGCAAUAUAAAUCACGUAUCUCUACUUUGGAUAAAUAUAUAGUUAGAAAAGAUAAGGAGAUCGGCAAGUUAUCUUUUACUAUUUUCCAGCUUAAGAAUGAAAAACGGGAUAUAAAGAAGACCGCCGAGUCUGUGUGUAAAGACUUGGAGGAUAUUAUCUUUACAAAAGAUCUAAAAAUUAUAGCCCUAAAUGAUCAAGUGAAAUCUUUCAAUCCUAGCGCUGGAAGGGAUGGGACAAUAGAGCCGAAUACAUUUAAUUCUUUUCAUGAAGCUGAAUAUUGGGCUAGAAAAUGA